GUGAGGACAGCUCUCUGCUGCUUGGACCUAACACCAUCUUUUUGUUUCCUUUUUUUUUCUUAAACUUCCAGUUCCAGUCUGUGACUCCAGCUUGUCUCUUUAUCAGUUUGUGAUCUUUAGCUUUGUGUUCACACAUGACAAAAUGGGACAUGAGGAGCUUCCUGCAGAAAGGUUUUCAGUACAUUAAGUCGGGCCCUCCAAGCAGCUGCUGUGUCAGUCUCUCUGGAUGAAGAUGGAGCGCUCCACCCUGUGGGUCCUCCAGACUCUGCUGGUGCUCCUGUCCCCUGUGGAGUCCGCUCCCUGUCCCCGGCCCUGCUCCUGCCCUCAGCCUGCUGAGCUCCACUGCACAUUCCGCUCCCUCCUCACCGUCCCAGCAGCGGUACCAAAGCACGUGAAGCGCAUAAACUUGGGGUUCAACAGCAUUUAUAAAAUAAGUGACACUUCACUGUCUGGGCUGGGAAAGCUGGAGCUGCUGAUGGUUCAUGGGAACAACAUUCACUCUCUGCCUGAUGGAGCGUUCAGGGACCUGGCAUCACUUCAGAUGCUGAAGAUGAGCUACAACAAGCUGAAGGAAAUCAACAGGCACACUCUCCAGGGGCUGUGGUCUGUGGCCAGGUUGCACUUGGAUCACAACCAGAUAGAACUCAUCCAUCCAGACGCCUUCCAGGGACUCACUUCCUUACGCUUCCUGCAGCUGGAGGGAAACCAGCUUCAACAACUGCAUCCUGCCACCUUCACCACCUUCACUCUGAUGGGCCAGUUCUACAUCUCUACCCUGCGACACCUCUACCUAUCUGACAAUGCACUCACAUCCCUCCCCUUCCAGCUGGUGGAGACUAUGCCACAGCUUGAGAACCUGUAUCUCCAUGGGAACCCUUGGACCUGUGACUGCAGGAUGAGUUGGUUGCAUGACUGGGAAAAAACUUCACCAGGGGUUCUAAAAUGUAAAAAGGACAGAGCCCUUCCAAGUGGCCAGCUGUGUCCAGUGUGUUCUUCUCCCAUACAAGUGAAGGAGAAGGAACUCCAAGCUGCUCAUCCUCUGGUUUGCAAUAGCCCAGUCAUCAGUUUCCUUCAUAAAACUACAUCACUAGAAGAUUCUGAAAGUGAGACAUUGACCUCAGAGGACUUUAAGGAGCCCAUUGGUAACAUAUCCCUUGGCCUCUCUGAUGAGCAUGGGAAUGAGUUAGAUCUGAAGUGCAGUGCUCACAAGCUAAAAGAACCUGCCAAGGUAAGCUGGGAGCAGGUCAACCAGCUUCAGCUGGUGGCAAACAUUACCUUCUCAGUAGACCUUCAAUGUUCUGUUGACAGAGAAAAAUACGAGCAGCUGUGGAGACUGAUUGCAUACUACAGCAAUGUUCCAGCCCAUUUAAAACAAGGAGCCUCUCCAAGCCAAGAUCCGUACCCAGAAUAUAACCAGGACACUGUGCAGGAUGCCCACUACUACACAGGUCUUAAAGCCAAAGUGUCGGCCCAGCCUGCAUGGCUGAUGCAACCAUCCAUAGAACUACAACUGAACCGGCCUCAGUCAUCAAUCAGCAUGGUAAAGUUAAUUCUGAGGACAAACCUCUCAGAGACAGUGGACAUCGAGCUUCAGCAAAGACUCAGGAGGAACUGGGUCAUGAUCGAAUCAACAAACAGAACACAGAAAGCUAUGACUGUCAUCCUUGGAAGUUCAAAUGAAAUGGCCUGUAACGUGCACAGUUCUGACCCGCCAGUAAUUCAGUGGAUGCUGCCAGACAGUUCCAAACUGGACAGGCCAUUUAGGAGUCCUGAAAACAGCGUUUUGGUUUCCAGAGAUGGAAGGUUGAAAAUUAAAGCAGUAACUCACAGAGAUACUGGAGCUUACUACUGCAUAGCCAAGGUUCAAGGAGAUUUUGCUGUGCUUUCCUUCUAUCUAACUGUCCAGGAAUCCUCUAGUCCUCCCUCAGGGGAGGACACAUCAAUUACAUCAAUAGAGGAAUUUGCAGGAAACUCCAUUUCUCUGGACUGUACAGCGUCCAGUUCUCCUGAUGCUGAAAUAAACUGGAUUCUACCAAACAACAGAAUAAUUCAUUUCCAAGCUAAUUAUUCCAAAGCACUGGUGACUUUGAAUGGUACUCUUCAAAUCCCAAAGACUCAGAUAUCAGAUAGUGGUUAUUACAAAUGUGUAGCAAUCAAUCAACAUGGUGUAGACACACUAGUGAAAAAAGUUAGUAUAGUGAGGCGCAAUGGUCUAAUUAGACCAAUACGCAAGUUUACAGCAAGGCCUCAGUCAGCCUCAGGGGUGAACACUCAAAUAAAAGUCCCUACAGAGAAUCCAGAAGAAACAUCAGGUGACAAUGACGGGUCUCCUAUACGCCACCGCAUCAGUAGUGUUAGACGUUUAGUCCCAGGAAGAAGAGGUGUUCAUCCAUCUAGGAGCACCUGGCAGCGACAGCCUGUGCUCCGGAAACCAACAGGGUCUCACAAUGGAAACCUGAAAGGUUUAGCAGAGAAUAGGAGGAGGAUUAAUCUUUCUAAAAGUAAAAUUGACCCAGAGAAAUGGGCAGACAUUUUAGCUAAGAUCAGGGACAGGAAUACUGUGACCUCGCCUCCUGUUUCUUUCCCAACAAAGAUGAAAGCAACAGAGAUGACGACACAGUCAUGGGAAACUUCUGAUGAGCCAUCAGAUGGUGUGACUGUACAUGAGCAAGUGGGUCAGCAUCAUUCCAUACGUCAGAGCCCUGAAAAACCUACAGAAUACAGUACUCAUGGUCAAGAUACACCUGUGACACCUGAAAGCAUCACUGAACAAGAUGCAACUCCUAACAGCAGAUUAGUUACUAUAGAAACCCAUUCAACAGAAAUUGUAUAUACUGCACAGCACACAACCCAUGACAGAGAGUUGAACCUAAUUACAAGUUCAAGCAGUGGGUUUUUCCUCCCCCAGACCACAUCUGUUCCACCGCACGCUAUUACUGUCAGGCUGCCCAGUGCACGCACUGCAACCAGCAGCACAUUUUCUUUUCCAGAGAACCUGAGCACAAGUAUUACUGCCGAUAAGAUCCAAACAGCUGAUCUGUCUGAGGGGCUGCAGAGCAGUGAGAGUAGGAACAGACCAAAUGAUGUCACUAACUCCAUAAAUCACAGAGAAGCCUUCUUUAUGGAAAGUCAAAUUACUCCUUCAGCCAACCCAAAUCACUCUGCAGCAAGUCAAGAAGGAAGUGGAAACUAUUUGAGUGAGACUUCAACUCUGUCACAGUUUCAGUCUCAUCCAAAGGACACAACACUCAAUGAUUUGCAUUCUGAAGUUGUUGUCACAACCGGGUCUCCACCGACUACCUUAGAGCUCCCUGGAAAAAGAAGGGUGCACUCUACAAGACGGCCAAAGUCACGCCUUCGGAAAGUCAACUCUCAGAGGAGGAACGGUGGCCAGAGGAGACGGCCAGACAGAAAGAAACAAAAGCUCAAAACACUUGGCAGCUUCAUCACCACCGCACCUGUAAAUACUCCCCUACCUACAGCCAAGACCUCUGCCUCUAAAUUGUUAAACACAGAAAGAUCAGGAAUUGCAGUUCGUUUAUAUACCUCUGUUCCAUUCACAAUGAGCCAAGUGGCGUCAUCAGACAGACUGACUCAUAAAGAAAGCACAGUCUUCGGGCAGAACCACGAGGUAAUCAAAGAGCCUUCCUCACUACCAACCUCUUCUUUAGGAACAAAGGACAGCCAAAACAAAUCAUGGCAAAGCACUGCAGCUGCACCAUCAUUUCCAAGCAUUUCUCCAGGCUUAACUCAUGGAAAUACUACUCCUCACAGCACUGUGGAAAUCUCAGACAGUGCAUAUCCUACAGCGAUUUCAGAGAUUCUCCCAUCAGUCCCUCAGCAGAGGUUUGCAGACAGUCCUCCUCCACCUGCUGAGCAUUUUGAGAACUGGCAUGAAAGAAGUUUUACAACAGAAUCGGCCCCUCUGCUGCACUCUGAAAGUCCCUCAUGGGGUUUACAAAGUAUGACAAAAUUGCCAACAGACAACAAGAAUCAGCAAUUUGUCCAUCAGGAGACUUUUACUGAGGAAGUUGAAAAAAUACAUUGGGAGAAGACUGGAAUGGAUUCUUCAGUACAGCCUUCCUAUUUUACCCAAACUGCUUCACCCAUCCAGGGAAACAAGACAGUCUCUGGAGAAACGUCCAAUGGAUCACUUUCAACUCCAAGGAUGCUUUUUGAGGUCACCACAGAGAGACUAACACCAUUAGAAGAUUUAAAGAGUGAAGAAAAUGAGAAGAAACCUCUGAAUGCUGAAACUGAUUCUACACAUACGAGUAGUGUAAAAACAACACAUGCCUCAGCUACCUCAAUGUUCCCAUAUUAUGUUAAACCAUCCGGAGAGACUCCCUAUCCCUCAAAACCCAGACUUUCUCCUUUAGUACCUCUUCUAAUGUCUUUACCAACAUCCAUCCCUCAAAAUGCCACAGUCACAGUCAGUUCCAGCCAGGAUCAACAAAUAAAACCCAUCUCUACCACAUCUGUCCUAAGAAGAUCAUUUAACUUUCAUCCUACAACAUUUCCUCCAAAUCACAAACCAAUAAAUACAAUUCCAACCUCUCAGGCUUCCACAUCUAUACCAGUACCCACAGUGAUCCCAUCCCAAAAGACACUGUCACCAGUAACUCUGGAUGUGUCCACGCAGCACCUAACUGAGCAUGGGUCUGUUGAAAGAGGGAAGCCAAGGAUAAAAACUACCCAUUCUCGGACCAUUACUGUCAAAGUAGAAAAAGAUGCCAAGCUUCCAUGUGAGACUUUAGGUCAGCCCAUGCCUUUCUUGUCUUGGACAAAAGUUUCCAACGGAGCGAGUAUCACCAGGAACAUGAAGGUGCAGAGGUUUGAGGUCCUCAAUAAUGGCACUUUAAUCAUAAGAAACUCACAGCUAACCGAUGAGGGCCAGUAUGUGUGCACCGUUCAGAACAAGUAUGGUACAGACAAAAUGAUGGCUAACCUUAUAGUCAUGUCUCAUCAUCCACGGGUCCUUCAACCUCGAGAGCGAGACAUGCAUGUCUAUGAAGGAAGCAAGGUUGAACUGGAAUGCAAAGUUGAAGGGGAUCCUGCGCCUCAGGUUAAGUGGGUCCUCCCUAACUCAAUCCAGCUGAUGACGACCUCACCUUCUGUGCCAUCUCAGUGGCAGGUGGCUGUAGAUGAUAGUGGAACUCUUCAUAUCAGCCAGGCUAGUUUGACUGACAGUGGAAUUUACAGGUGCACUGGCAGCAGUGCAGCUGGUGCUGAUACUGUGUCAGUGCAUCUUCAUGUCUCUGCAAUGCCCUCUUUGAUUCGGCAGAGACUAGAUGAGAACAUGACUUUUCCAGAAGGCAGUGCUGCUUAUAUUGACUGCACUGCCACAAGAGCCUCUCAGGCAAUUAUGAGUUGGAUCACUCCUGAUGGCACACAGAUCACUCCUUCCCGACUAAUUACUAGAGAGAACCUUACUGUCUUUCCAAAUGGGACACUCCACAUACAGAGAUUGGACCUCAAGAAUUCUGGGAGAUAUGUAUGCAAAGCCAGUAACGGAGUAGCCUCAAGCAGCAGGACUGUGAUGCUAAGUGUCAGAAGAAAACUGUUGUCUGCCAAAGCCACAAUUACAUUUUCAUCUCCCCAGAGAACAGAUGUAAUCUAUGGAAGUAAGCUACUUCUCAACUGUGUAGCAACAGGUGAACCGGAGCCUCGAAUCAUCUGGAGGACGCCCUCUAAGAAGCUAGUGGAUAAUCAGUACAGCUUUGAGUCUAGGAUCAAAGUAUUCCUUAAUGGCAGCAUAAGCAUUCAUUCUGUGACUGACAAGGAUGGAGGUGACUACCUGUGUGUAGCCCGUAACAAGAUGGGUGACGACUACGUUCAACUGCGGGUCAAUGUCUUGACCAAACCAGCAACAAUUGAGCAGAAACUUCAGAAAUCCAGUCAGGAGGUGGUGCAAGGCCAAGGCCUGAAGGUGGACUGUGUGGCAUCUGGCCUCCCCAGCCCAGAGAUUAGCUGGGCACUACCAGAUGGGACCAUGGUCAACCCAAUAAAGCAGAAAGCAGGAGUCCAUGUGGGACGCAGUCGCAGGUACGUGGUGUUUGACAAUGGGACGCUGUACUUUAACGAUGUUGGCCAGCCAGAAGAAGGUGAUUACACUUGCUAUGCACAGAACCAACUUGGCAGAGAUGAGAUGAAGGUGAGAGUCAAAGUGAAAGGUGGUACAUCCUCACCACAAAUCCAGGAUAAAAAUCAAAAGACUAUCAGAGUGCUCUACGGUGAGACAGUAACACUGCAGUGCAAUGCUAAAGGUGACCCAGUACCCGUUGUCACUUGGAUGUCUCCCAAAAAUAGACCAAUUUCAAAUGCAAUAGACAGAUACAAGGUGCUUAAAGAUGGAACACUGGUUGUUCAAAAUGUUCAGCAAGCUGAUGGAGGUAAUUACACCUGUAUGGCGAGGAACAGUGUUGGCCAAGACAAUAAAGUUAUCAGAAUGGAGAUUUUGGGAACUCCUCUAGUUAUCAAUGGCUUAAGAGGAACUUCAAACACCAUCAAAGUUACUGCAGUUCAGGGAGAACGGAAAUUGUUGGAUUGUGUGACCGAGGGAACCCCAUCACCUCAAAUCAUGUGGAUCCUCCCAGGAAAUCUAAUACUUCCUGCUCCAUACUACAGUAAUCAUAUGACAGUUCAUCAGAAUGGUACUUUGGAAAUACAAUCAGCUAAGAAGACCGACUCAGGACAGAUGGUGUGUGUGGCUCGUAAUGAAGGAGGGGAGGUUAGAAUGUUGGUCAACUUGGAUGUCAAAGAAAUGGUUGGAAGUCCACAAAUUGAUGCUCCCCAAAGAGAAAGCUUUUCCCUAAAAGUGGGGAAUACAGUGACUCUAAAUUGCUCAAUUGAUGGCUUGGAGUUAACAGAUAUAAUGUGGACCUUACCCAGCGGGACUCCUCUGCAAGCCGGUGCUCGAAUUUCAAAGUUUUUUCACCAACUUGAUGGGUCUUUGAUCAUCAACAAUCCAUCUGUUGCUGAUGCUGGUAUGUACCACUGUGUGGGGCAUAACUCUGCUGGGAUUUUUGAGAGUACAGUCACCCUGUCCCCAGGAAAGAAGCCACGGAUUCUGAACCGAUACAUCUCUCCUGUCAGCAUCCUGGAUGGUGAAACACUUUUCCUUCAUUGUCAAACAACUGGUGAGCCAUUCAGACUUACAUGGACUCUGCCCAGUGGGGUUGUUCUCAACAGGCUGCAGAAAGCUGGACGCUAUUUGAUAUUGCGUAAUGGGACAAUUGUCAUUCGACAAGCAUCAGUUUAUGAUAGAGGAUCCUAUGUUUGCAGAGCUGCCAAUGAAUAUGGCAGCUCUUUGCUUUCAGUCUCAGUAAAUAUCAUUGCAAACCAACCCAGGAUUACCAGUGGCCCUCCCUCUGUGACUUACGCCAAAAAUGGAGUUGCUGUUCAGCUGAACUGUGUCGCCACUGGGCUCCCUAAAGUAGAGGUGGCUUGGGAAACACCUGAUAAAACCCGCCUGGUUGUAAGUGCACAGCCACGCCUUUUUGGAAACAAGUAUCUCCAUCCACAAGGUUCCCUAAUCAUUCAGAAUCCAACCCAACGUGAUUCUGGUGUUUACCGAUGCACUGCCAGGAAUCCUGCCGGUGUAGACUCUAAAACAACAUUUCUGAAUGUGUUCUAAAGAAUUUUACUUUCCACCCACAACCAAGGCAAUACUGUAUGCCCAAGUAACUGCCUAAUUGAAAGACAUUAUAUCAGAACACAAUUGAAGUCACUGUAAAAAUUGUGAAAUCACCAUUCAAUUCGCAUACAGUGGCUUUUUAAUCAUGUUCUGACUAAGAGGCUAAAAGCUAACAUCAUGUGCACCCUACUUUCUUUGUUUGAACAAUAUUGUGAAAGAUCUGUGUGUAAAUAUAUAAUUGCUCAGGUAAUUUGGAUACAGAAAACCUUUGUACGGGUUAUGUUUUCUAGAGGGGUCACUAAUGGUGGUCUUUAUCAUCUCUGUAUCAUAUUUAACUUUCCCAAUUUCACCAUCGACCUUUUUAAAUGGGAGUAAAUUAUUUAGAAGAAGAUAUACUGUUAUGUGUUAAGUCUGCCAAAAAGUAGAAUUUCUGAUGUAUUUAUUAUAAUUAAAUGACAAAAUCAGUUUGCUAUGCGAAAAGCCUGACAUUUUUACUACACGCUCCUUAAUGGCAGCAUAUCAAGUCAUUUAUAUAUCGCCCGUUUAUGGCGUUUGUAUGUGGAAAGGUUUUGUAACAGUCUUUCGAAAAUCCAUAUACAUUUUAUGAGUUGUACCUACUUAAACAUUGGUAGAUCUUGAUAAGACACUGACACUCUGAGAAUUGCCUGAAAAUGUUAAUGAAUAAUCUUAAAUAUUUACACAGACAAACAGGAAAGAAUAUCAUUUUUAGUUCAUUUCAUGAUUUGUUACAAUCAGAGGCCUCUGAUUGCCAUGUUAAGUUCCAUGUCAGAAAUCAAGCGAAAUGUGAUAAAAUGGAAAAGAAAUAAAGAAAGCCAAAUAAGAGAGCCUGCAAUAUAAUCCAUCCAUCCAUCCAUUUUCUAUACACCCUUGUCCCUAAUGGGCCCGAGAGGGUUGCUGGUGCCUAUCUCCAGCUGUCUUCCGGGCGAGAGGCGGGGUCACGCUGGACAAUGCUACAUGUUGAAAGGGUCUUAUUAAAGCAGUAACUCAUUUUACUUAAUAACGUGAUGAUGCCAGUCGACAUGUUUUUAUUGGCAGAAGAUGAAAAAACAAUUUCAAAGGAUAGCAACAAGAGGUUUACUUAACUUAGAAACUUUAGUCUCAAAAAUACCUGAAACUUCAUGAAAGGUCUGGCUGCUGACGAGACGAAACACAUUGUGUUCAUUUACGACUGGCAGAGCUACAAAGAUGUUUUAUGUUAUAGACUUAUUUUAAUUCUGUUUUGAAAUAAAAAAGAAAAAGAAAUUCAUGUAUAAUUUAUUUAUGUUUAAUGAUUUAACAUGUGUUCCUGUUUCUGACCUACAAUGUGGUGUUUGCUUUUCAAACUUUUGGAAGUCCUACCAAAUUUAUACACAAAUGAAAAGAAACCAAUAAAUU